ACACACACACACACACACACGCUCUUUCUUUUCCUCUUCAGGCUCUUUCUGCACGCAGUACACUUUUCUGCACUGUACAGUAGGGAUGGGGCCUAAUUUGCUUGCAUUGGCUAAUGAGCUUAGCCUGUGCUGAGCAGCUUUGAGCCCUGCAGGUUGUUGUAGUGGGUACUGGUUAGCCCUCAGUGGUUAGAGAGAGGAGCCAGAACGGAGGAGUGGAUUUCAGAAGGGGCAGAGCUGCAGCCACAGCUUCACCACUCCUCUGUUUGCCUACCAGGACCACCUCUACUUGCACCGACACUGCGGCUGGGACGUCUCUCUCUCUCUCUCCCCCCUCCCUCCUUGCUCUGCCUCUCUCUAAUGCUACCUGACUCCCCUCUCUCUCUCUCUCUCUCUGUGUCCCGGAGCACUGACAAGCUGCUUUUUGUAGCUGCAUCACCUCUUUAGGCAGCCGCCCCUCUUUCUACCCCCGUCUUUCCAUCUCUUUCACCUUUUUUCUGUCUGACCCUCUCCCCUGACUUUGUUGCCAAAAUGUACCGGAACCCGUGGAUCUCCAAUUACCUGACUCACGUCAAGUUUUGCAGCCAAGGACUUGGCAGUGAGACCCCCAUCAAAUUAAGUAAUCCCAGAUUACUACAGAAGAGAGCUUUGAGCUUCCAGAAAGAAUUCUCCUACGACGAAAAAGACGACCCAGCCAAAAGCACCAAGGAUAUAGAUGUUAGUCUCUUGCCCAAUCUUCCCAAAGUCUCUGAAUUAAGGAAACGAUUUGAAGGCAUUACCACAAGCUCAAGCGACUGGGAAAUGAACAGAAAGGAACGUAUCGCUCGGCGGUUGGAGGGUAUAGAGGGUGAGGUGCAUCCCUCUCUGCUGCCUAGCUUGGUCGCCAACCGGCUUCUGGAGGAGGACACACCUCGAUACACGAGGGCCUCUGACCCCUGUGAGCCCUGUGGUGUUACAGUCCAGCGAUAUGGCAUGGAGGGAUUCGAAAGCCCGGAAAUGCAGCUGAUGGCUCCAGAGCGCCAGUCCAGAGCUCGAUGCAGACCUGACCCUCAGCCCUCCAUCCACACAGAGCCUGCCUACACUUCAGGUUCCACCACCGCUGCCCCAGAAAUGGAGUCCAAGGCAGAACGCAUUGCCCGCUACAAGGCGGAACGCCGCAGGCAGCUGGCUGAACGCUACGGCAUCUCUUUGGAUCAGGAGCCAGACGUGGACUGUCCAUCCCGCUACACCCGCACCCGGAAAGAGUCAGAAGGCUCAGAUAGCCGCAAAAGAGGGGAGCCUGUGGGAGAGGAAGGGAGGGACAUCAGCCUGAGUUCUUCUUACACCAGUACCUCUGCCCCUAGCCCAAGGGCGGGACGCACAGCACCACAGCACAGCCACCCCGACCCCGGUUACGAGAUGGGUCGAAGCAGGGUGGACUCGUUCUCGGAGAGGGAGAGGCUGAUGAACCUGGAGAAUCAGCGCAGAGCUGCUCCGCCUGAACCACCAUCCUCUUCCUCAUACAUGGAUGUGACAUCGCUGUCCUCAGCUGCCAGAAUGCCUGCCAAGGACUGUUCAGUCACAGGGAUGCCACCCAGUUCACCCAAGCUGGGCAGACACCCUUCCCUCUCCUCACCUAAACAUGCAUCGUCUCCUGGGGACCUGUUCAUCGAGCAGCAGGCCCACAGCAUCCUCAGCAGACAGGGUGCGAGGGCGAACUUGAGCACUGAUUGGUUCCUCCAGACUGACGCUGAGGGCGACACCCAUUCCCUCAUCAACUGGCCCUCGAGAAUCAGAGUUAGGGAGAGGCUUGCCAGAGAGGAGGGCCGCCAGAGGAGCCCAGAGCUGGGAAAUGUUACAGAAACUCCGGUGUACCGCAGACAAUUUCAACACCAGAACCAGACUUCUACAUAUUACCACACAGACCCACCACCCCCCCAGCAGGCUUACUCCCAUCACCACCCCCAGGCUCAGCUCACCCGACCUGGGCCAGUGGGAGGACAAGAAGUUGGCGGCUGCCCCAGUUACUUGUCCAUGACUUCUGGUCCCAUAUCCAGAGCUGGGCAACAGCAACAACACCAGGAAGAAGAGACAGAAGAGACAGAGGACGUGAAGACAGAAGGCCUUUUGAGAAGUAGGAAAGCAGUGCUGCCGUCUGAGAUCCGCCGCAGGGAGAGGAGCACUGAGGACCCACGCCGAGGAAGGGAAGAUGAGCUAGGGAUGUCCAGGUCGCUGAGCCUCAGCCAAGCAAGGGAGGCUGAGGCAGAGGACCCUGCAAGAGGAGGACACCGAGGCAGAGCCAGGCGGGACGAAACAGAACACACCUCCCGUCUGCAAGCAUCAGAGAGCAGGUCACGAGAGCGUGAAAAUGCCAUUUAUAUCCAGAAAGGGGUUGCUGCCUCCCACAUCCAACCCAUAGCAGCACACGCAGGCCCAGGAAACUCCACCUCCAGCACAGCGCCGAGCCGCUCGGUGUCGGACACAGGGGAACCAAGAGUGCCAAGUCAAAGGAACCUGCAGCACCAGGCCCACGACCCCCGAGAGGUCAGGGAGGGUGAGGGGUUUAAUAACCGCGAGAGUCAGCAGGACACUCGGAUGUCUGUGGCCCAGCUCAGACAUUCCUACUUGGAGAGCACCACCACGCCACCGACCGGCCGCAGGAAUGAGCUUGAGGUUGAGGGGCACAGGGCACUCGCUGGCUACGAGGCCCCAUGGAGAGGGGAGAGGGACAGGGGGCGCAGGCCCCGGCAGUAUAUCUGUCCCGGGGAGAAUAGAAAGACCUCAGAGAGGUUUAGGACGCAGCCCAUCACCUCUGCUGAGCGCCAGGAGACUGAUAGGUCCUGUGUGAGUUCAGACCUCGCUUCCACUGAAGCUGACGAAGAGAAGCUGGAUGAACGGGCCAAACUGAGCGUCGCAGCCAAGCGCUCUCUCUUCAGGGAACUAGAGAAGAGCAUUGAUGGCGGAGCCUCUAAAGCACGGUCCAGGAAUGCAGCGGUGGACAGGAGACUAAGACGGACACAAGACCGAUCCAGAACUCAGCCAGUCACCACUGAGGAGGUAGUCAUCGCUGCCACCGUCCCCACUCACGUGCCACAAACAGUGACUGUUCACACUGCUGUAGCACGCGUCCCCAGCCCCACCCUUGUUUACAGCACUGUCCCGCCGUACAGCCUGCAGGCGUCAUCGCAGCAGAGCGCCGCCGCCCGGGAGAAGGCACGGGAGGCCCGACAGGUGCAGGAUACCCAGGAGGUCCAGCGUUCUAAACCGGUGUCUACAAUGGAUGGGAAUCACCAGAUCCAGAGCCAGGGUCAGGGUCAGGGUCAGGGUCAGGAAGAGCCUGAUCUCUGCACCCUCAGCCUGGCAGAAAAGAUGGCGCUGUUCAACAGACUGGCUCAGCCUCCCAUCAGGGUCACCCGCACCAGAGGAGACACACGGCAGCGCAGGGCCAACGCUCGCUACCAAACACAACCCAUCACACUGGGAGACAUGGAGCAGGAGUCUUCAGACAUAGACCUCAGUGAUGAACAGGAGCUGUGUGACAGCCCCGUAGAACACCUACACCUUCAGAACGGUACAGGCUCUCAGUUCGGACAGCCCCCAACUUCAUCCUCCUCCUCCGCUCUGAGAGCAGGAGGCACCGUCUCCACUGACCAUGCCGGUGACAUCCACAUAACCAGCGUGGCACCCCGGGUUGAACUCCUCCCCAACUCCACCUCUGACAACUCCCUGCCCCCACGCCACAUAGACGGCCCGGUCUGGAAGGCCCAGGAAUCCGUGGACCACCAGAGGUACCGAAGCUUUCCCCAGGAAGAAGACGGACCUGAUCUGGGAGGAGGCAAACGAAAGCUGCCCUCUCCUGAGGGAGCAAUCAGGCAGGCCCCUCUGCCCCAACCCCAGGCUGGAAGAGAGAGGUGGGGGGAGGUGGAGGAGGAGGAGGAGCAGCCACAGCGGCUGACCAGACAGGGGGUAGCUGUGCAGAGCUCAGAGAGCCACAUGGUCCACGAGUGGCAGGAAGCGUAUCUGAAAGAGGAAGGACAGUACGCAGACAGCCAGAGGAGCAGAGUCAUCAGUGGAGAGCUGCCAGAGUCAACUGUGCUAACAUCCAGGGCAGCGUGUGGUUUGGCCAGGAGUGUGUGCCAGCCUCCAGACGCACACACGGACGGCGGCGGACACGGAGGAGGCCUGGUUCGACUCGAGCAGGGAGAGGAGCUGAGUGAAAUGAUGUCAGCCAGACACAUGUCAAUCAAAGAGAGAGUGGCCUUGUUGAAGAAGAGCGGCGAGCAGGACUGGAGGAACAGGAUCAAUAAGAAGCAGGAUGUGGCGAAGGCCGUCGUGGGUGAACAGCAGCAGACUCAGCAGCACUGGGAGGUGGAGCAGAGCUUCAUGACGAAGGACGAUGAAGCGCUGAUGAUGAUCGAUGAGUUCGCUGUGUCCGACCAGCUAUGGGAGCCAGUCUUUGCCUCUACUUUCUCUCCUCCUCCUGAGCCUCCUUCCCGUACUUGUUCUUCCCCUGAUGAGUCAGUCAGCCAGGCCACCAGAUCCCCCAGACCCAUGCAGGUGGAUGAGAGACACCCCUGGAGACGGAAGAGAAUCCCAGAUGCUGAGAUGGAGUGCCAGAGCAUCGAGGCUCACAUGUCAAUCCAGGAGAGGAAACAGCUGAUAGUAGCCCAAGAGGAGGCCUGGAAGUCCAAAGGCUACGGAGCUGCCAACGACUCCACCCAGUUCACUGUGGCCGCACGCAUGAUGAAGAAAGGGUUGGCCCCCUCACCCCUCCAGUCUCCAUCCAAACCCAAGAACAGCAGCGUCGCCAUCUCCAAACCACAAGAAGACAUGGAGGAGAUGUCUGACAGUGAAGAGAUCAAGGCCGUACCAGAUCUGAACCUGGAGUCAGACUUGAAGCUGGAUAAACUGGAGUCAUUCCUUGGCAAGCUCAACAGUAAAGUGUGUGGACUGCCAGAACCGACCAUCACAGUUACACAGAAGAAGGUAAAGGAAGUGAUGACCCUGGAAGACGAAACAUUUUCCAAGUUUUACCGCCAAGUGGAGGAGCUUCCUGUCACCACCAAUAAGGUGGCAAUAGAUGACGACUUUGAUGCCAUCUUCGGCCCCCAGGUGCCAAAGCUGACCUCGGAGAUGGUGCAGCACAAGCGAGCAGUGCGCCCAGCGCGUAACGUCCAGGCAUCGAGGAACCCUCUGAAGAUGCUGGCUGCCAGGGAGGACAUCAGGCACGAGUACACGGAGCAGAGGCUCAACAUCGGCCUGCUGGAGAGCAGAAGGAUGAAGGCUGAGAAGAUGAAUAAGAACUCUGGUUUCUCUGACGUGGCUCUGGCCGGUCUGGCCAGCAAGGAGAACUUCAGUAACGUCAACCUGCGCAGCGUCAACAUCUCCGAGCAGAUGUCCAACAACAGCGCUGUGCCUUACAAGAAACUCAUGCUCUUACAGGUCAAAGGCCGGCGGCACGUCCAGACCAGGCUGGUGGAGCCCAGAGCGUCCUCCCUGAACAGCGGCGAUUGUUUCUUACUCAUCACGCCACACCACUGCUUCAUCUGGACCGGAGAGUUCGCCAACGUCAUCGAGAAGAACAAGGCUUCAGAGUUGGCUAACUUCAUCCAGAGCAAGAGAGACUUGGGUUGCCGUGCUAACUAUGUCCAAGUCAUCGAGGAGAGCGUCAACACACACAGCCAUGCUGCCAAGGAUUUCUGGAAGAUUCUGGGAGGGCAGUCAAGUUUUCAGUCUGCAGGAACACCAGAUGAAGACGAGCUGUACGAGGGAGCCAUCGUGGAGACAAACUGUAUUUACCGACUGAUGGAUGACAAACUGGUUCCAGAUGAUGAUUUUUGGGCAAAGAUUCCUCGUUGUUCCCUGCUCAACCCCAAGGAGGUUUUGGUGUUUGACUUUGGCAGCGAGAUGUACAUAUGGCACGGAAAGGAAGUGACACUGGCACAGAGGAAGGUGGCCUUCCAGCUGGCCAAGCACCUGUGGAACGGGACCUUUGACUACACGAACUGUGAUAUCAACCCACUCGACCCGGGAGAGUGCAACCCACUCAUACCCAAGAAAGGUCAGGGCCGACCUGACUGGGCAGUGUUUGGCAGACUGACUCAACACAAUGAAACCACCCUGUUCAAAGAGAAGUUCCUGGACUGGAGCGAAUCCAGGAAAACACCCAGUCCUGUAAAAAACACCAACGACCACAUCACUGAUCAGAAGGAGCAGUCCACCUCCGAUCAGCCCCGUGCAUACGACGCCUCCCUGAUGCUGCCCCUCCUCCAAGGGCCUGUCUGCACCAAACUGGACGGGUUCAAUGUGGGCCGGGGCUACGGCCUGGUGGAGGCGGAGGAGUGGCGGAGCUAUGAGAUCAGCACGCUGGCGGUGGAGGUGUGGCACAUCCUGGAGUUCGACUACAGCCGCCUGCCGGGUCAGAGCAUCGGCCAGUUUCACGAGGGCGACACGUACGUGAUGAAGUGGAAGUACAUGGUCAGCACGGCAGUUGGGAGGAGACAGAACCCUGAGCAGCUAAAGACGACGGGAGCCGGGAAGGAGAAGUGCUGCUACUUCUUCUGGCAGGGGCGCAACGCCACCGUCAGCGAGAAGGGAACGUCGGCACUGAUGACGGUGGAGCUGGACGAGGAGCGUGGAGCACAGGUUCAGGUCCAGCAGGGGAAGGAGCCUCCGUGUUUCCUGCAGUGCUUCAAAGGAGGGAUGGUCAUCCACUCAGGGAAGAGAGAAGAGGAGGAGGAAAACUCCCAGAAUGACUGGCGUCUGUACUGUGUGCGGGGCGAAGUGGAGGUGGAGGGCCACCUGCUGGAAGUGGCCUGUCACUGCAGCAGCCUACGCUCUAGAGUCUCCAUGGUGCUGCUGAGCGUCAGCCAGGCUCUCAUCUACCUGUGGCACGGCUGCAAGUCUCAGAAACACACACGGGACGUGGCACGCACCGCCGCCAACAAGAUCAAAGAGCACUGUCCUCUUGAAGCAGGCCUCCACAGCAGCAGCAAGGUGACCAUCCGGGAAUGCGAUGAGGGAGCCGAGCCCACAGGAUUCUGGGAACCCCUCGGGAGGAGGGACAGGAAAGCGUACGACUGCAUGCUGCAAGAUCCGGGGAGGUUUAACUUCACACCACGUCUGUACCAGCUGAGCAGCAGCUCGGGGGAGUUUGCAGCCGUGGAGUUUCUUUUUCCUGCCAGAGACCCCAAACAGGUCAACUCCAUGCCCUUCUUGCAGGAGGACCUUUAUGCAGCUUCCCAGCCAGCUCUGUUCCUGGUGGACAACCACCAUGAGGUGUAUCUGUGGCAGGGCUGGUGGCCUCAGGACAGCGAAAGCACCGGCUCAGCCCGAAUCCGCUGGGACUCAGACAGGAAGUGUGCCAUGGAGACUGUGCUGCAGUACUGCAGAGAAAAGAAUGAGAAGAAACCUCCCAAAGCGUAUCUGAUCCACGCUGGUCUGGAGCCACUCACCUUCACCAACAUGUUCCCCAGCUGGGAGCACAGAGAGGACAUCGCUGAGAUCACUGAGAGGGAGGCAGAGGUGUGUAACCAGAUUAUCCUCGUGGAGGACGUGUUGGCCAGGCUGUGUAAGACCACGUACCCGCUGGCUGAUCUUCUGGCUCGGCCGCUGCCCGAGGGCGUUGACCCUCUUCGUCUGGAGGUCUACCUGACUGAUGAGGACUUUGAGGGUGCAGGGGCUUAUGGGAAGAAAGGCUUGGAGAUGAGCAGAGAGGAGUACGGAGGUUUACCUGGAUGGAAGCAGGUCAACUUGAAGAAAGCUAAAGGACUUUUCUAAAUGUUUGAAAUCUACCUGAAGACGAGAGAGAAAGCCACCAGGAGGUUUGUUUUGUUUACGUCUGAGCUGCCCAGGUCGAGGACGGACGAUGGGAGCGAUGACGGGGCUGAGGAGGUGAUCGAUCAGUGAUCGAGACGUGUGCCAGCUUCUUCUUCCCGUCUGCUUUUUGUGUAUUUUGCUUGUAUGAGAAAAUGUAGCUGACGUGUGUUAAUAGUUGUUCUUUACAUUCACACACACACACACACUUGUACAUAUGUACCAUAUGCCAUUACAUUGUCAGCCAUCUGUUAGAGUGGGAGCAGGUCAGUCAGCCUGUUCAGCACACAGCAGACUGCUACUCUUACAUGUACCCAGUGCAUUACAAAUAAUUUAUAUUUAUAUCAAAUCCAUACAGGAAUUAAAGAAAAACAACAUGAAUAUUCACUGAGCUAAAAAUGACUGAAUGAACUGUAUACUGACUGUUGAGGAGUUUGUGUCAUAUGUUAAUAAAUACUGGAUAUUACAGAUCUUCUGUUGUACAGUUCACCAUUUUGCCAUUUGCAGAUCAGACGAUGCAGCUUUAUUUGGAUGUUGUUGUUUUUGUUUGAGACAGAAGAAAAGGCACAGGGUCAGUUUAAAGGUAAAGAUAAAGUGACGAUUAAAUGUUUGAUUUUUAACCCUUCAGUGUAUAGUGCCUUGCUUUGUGUACAGUUUCUAUACAGAUUCUAGUCUGCAUUUUGAAGACUUUUUGUGAUAUAAAGAAAUAUUAGAGAAAUAAAGCCUGGAAGUUGGACAUCA